AUGAAGAUCGCUGCGAUUGCUGCUGCACUUGCCUGCUUCGCGUCGUUCGUGACUGCGGCUGACGAGCACGCCAUCAUGGACGUUGGCAUGACCUCUGAUCAAGCCAUGGCCCCCGGUCUCCGUGGUACGUCGGUCGUCGUUCCUGCCGGGGUCAUCACCAACUCGAUCGACGCCAAGAACAACAACGUGUUCGUGACCAAGAGCAACAUCGUCCUGUCCAAGAGCGACCGCGUGCAGCUCGCCAAGGUCAUCAAGGAGACGCUGGCAACUCACCCGGAGGCGGACCCGGCUGCUGCGAACCUGAUCCUCGAGCAACUCGAGCCCGACAACGACAACAACAACCGCGGAACGGCGGGGAACGUCGCGACGAACCCGGCGGUGGUCUCCAACGUGGUGAGUAGCAUCUUAUCGGCUAUGACCCGCAACCCCGCUGCGGCCACCGGUCACGCGGUUGGUGCUAUUGCGGCAGCAGCCCCGGUGAUAAUGGCGCCUACUACUGGUAGUACUCCUGUCAACUACCCGACGCGCUACAUUCCCCCGAUGACGGGGACAACUACUCCGUACAAUGCCGCGGGCAUCGGGGGCUUGCCAGCUGGUAUUAGUGCUCCGGCGUCCCCGAACAUGGGAGCUUAUUCUCCGUCUAUGACCGGUGGCAUCGGGGGCUUGCCGGCUGGAAUUGGUGCUCCUGCGUCCCCGUCGUCGUAA